CACCAAAGCUUGGCAUGCGGAUGCGCUGAACCUCGGGACGAAUGGCCACGCUCGUGACGGGCGCCGACACGCCCCUGGGGUACGCCGUGGCCCGGGCGCUCCUCGCCGCGGGGCAGGAGGUCGUCGCCCUCGUCGCCCCCGAGCCCCGCGGUCCCGUCUGCGCCUGCCUCGUGGCGACGGACGGCCCCCACGCCGGGGAGCGCUUCGCCCUCGGCAUCGGGCCGGCCCCGCGCUUCGUCGGGCGGUCCGCGGCCCACGGCGAGGGCGGCGUCUGCCUCGGCCGCGACGGGAGCGCGUCGGGCACGCACGCGCGUCUCGAGGCGUCCGGCGCGGACGUGGUCGUCGCCGACUGCGGGUCGACGAACGGGACCCUCGUCGACGGGCGCCCCGUCGGCGCCGGCGAGCGGAUCCCCCUGCGCGUCGGGUCCUGCCUGGCCCUCGGCGCCACGGUGCUCCACGUCGUCGCGCUCGCGUCGGAGCGGUCGCUCGCGCUCGAGGCCCUCGCGGCCGACGGCGCGGUCAUCGUCGACGCCCUGGCGCAGACGGCGGCCCAGGGCGUGCGCCGCGUCGCCCACUGCGCCGCGCCCCUGGCGUCGCCGGAGGCCGAGCGCGCGGCCGUCGCGGCGGCCGCGGCCGCCGCGCGCGGCGGGCCCGUCGCCGCCGCGUCGUCGGCCGCGGUCUACGAGGGCUGCAAGGCCGCGCGCCGCGGGCGGCCCCUCGUCGAGUCCGAGUUCCUGCCGCGCGAGAGCUGCGGCGCGUCGCCCGAGGCCGCGCGGGAGGAGGCUUUAUGGGGCGCGGCCGCGGGCCGCGGCGACCGCCAGGGCAGCAAAAGAGAGCGAAAUUCCCAACUUCAAAGGCUCAUAUCUCGGCCGUUUUCCACUCGCGACCGCGGCGCGGGCGUCGUCGCGGUGCGCCUCUUCGACGUCUACGGCGGCGACGCCGACUGCGGCGCGGCGCCGGCGCCGGGCCUCGCGUCCCUGGCCCGGACCCUGGCGGGCGGCGGCGCGGACGAGCGCGAGCGCACCUACUGCGGCGACGCGAGCCACGUCUCCGAGGCGGCGACGUGGCUCGUCGCCGCGCUCGAGCGCGCGGGGCACACGCGGGGCUUCGUGGCCGUCAACGGCGCCGCGGGCCACCUCGCGCGCGGGCCCGACGUCGCCCGCGCCGCGAGCGCCGCGCGGAGCCGCGGCGAGGUCGGCCGGCGGCGGAGCGACUCGGGCGGUGGCCCGCCGCCGCCGCCGCCCGCGUCGCCGCCGGGCCGGCCCGCGUCGCCGCGGGAGCGCCGGCGCGCGCCGCUGCGCGCGGACCUCGCCAAGAUGCGCGCGCUCCUCGGCGUCGCCGCGGGCCGCGUGUCCGUCCGCGACGGCCUCGGCCGCCUGCUCGCGGAGGACCGCGCCGCCGCGGACCGGCGCCUGCGCCACCUCAAGCCCCUCGAGAGCCGGGCGGCGCCGUCGCCGGCGAGCCUCGUGGCGCGCGUCGCGAGCUUCCUGCUCGCGCCCGUGCGCCGCGCGGCCGCGCGGCCGCCGCGCGAUCGGCCGAGCCGCCUCGCGUCGCUCGACGACGACGUCGCCGCGGCCGCGCUCGCCUUCUGCGACGCCGUCUCCCUCGCCCAAGUCCGCGCCGCGGGCAACUGGCGCGCGCGGGGCGGGCUGCUCGUCGCCGACGAGGCCGCGCGGCGCCUCUGCGCGGCGCGGGGAUGGACGCGCGCGGACGCGCGGCGGCGCCCGUUCUCGUGGCUCUACGGCCGCGCGGGCGUCUGGCGAAAUCCCGUGGCCCUGGCGUCCGUCGGCGCCGCCGCCGACGAGACGCGGUCGGCCCUCACGGCGACGCGCAUCGGCGGCGCCGUCUACUGCUUCGGCGGCCUCGACGCCGCGGGCGAGCCGACGAACGACGUCCGCGCGCUCGCGCUCGCGGACGCGACGCUCGGCGAGUGGCGGCCCGUGGCGACGACGGGGAAACCGCCGGCGCCGCGCUUCGGCCACGGCGCCGCGCCCUGGGCCGGGGGCCUGGCCAUCUUCGGCGGCCAGACGGCGCUCGGGCCGAGCGACGACCUCCACGUGCUCGCGCUCCCGGAUCGCGCGUGGUCCGCGCCGGCGGCGCCGGGGCCGCGGCCGCCGCCGCGCGCCUUCGGCGCCGUCGCGUGCCUCGACGGGAAGCUCGUCGUCUGGGGCGGCGCGGCCGACGACCGCGUCUGGUGCCGCGAGCGGCCCGCGGCGCCGUGGCGCGCGCUCGCCGACGGGCAAAACGCGCCGCCGCCGCGGACCGCGGCGGCGGCCUGCGCGCUGGCGACGGCCGACGGCGAGGCGCUCGUCGUGUCCGGGGGGCGCUGCCAGGGCGCCGUGCUCCCCGUCGACGACGCGAUCGCGCUGACGCUCCGCGGCGACGGCGGCGCGUUGGCCGCGGCGUGGGCGCCCUUCGGCCCGACGUCGCACGACCCCCGGGGCGACGCCUGCAGCCACCACGCGGCCGUCGCCCUCGACGGCGACGCCGUGCUCUGCGUCGGGGGCCUCGGCGACGACGGCGCCACGCACGGCCGCGCGACGAUCCUGUCCGCGGCGCGGCCGCCCGCGCGCCUCGCGGCCAACGGCAGCCCGCGGCCCAAGCGCCUCCACGCCGCCGCCCGGGCGCGGGGCGACGCGGUCCUCCUCUUCGGCGGCCUCGACGGCCUCCGCCGCCUCGACGACCUCGAGCUCCUCGCGCUCAAGUGAGCGCGCGGCCCCCCCUCGCCCGCGCGCGGACAGCGCGCGGGCCGCCGCCCGGAGGUCCUCCCGGGCACGCGCGGUAAGUCACGCUGCAUGUU